CUCUUUUACGUAUUCUCCAGUACGGUCUUUGGACGGUACUGAAGACCUCUGCAUUGGCCCAUACAAUUUUCUUUCUACUUCUUUAAUCGUCUUUCUCUCUUUUUUUUUGUAUACAUAUUUCCUUUCCUUUCAAUAUACAUAAGAGCCACAUCACCUAUGGUCAAUGGCUUCCACCCUUACUCGACCACGGCUCUUCAUCGGGAUUCAUCUUCGAUAGUGUUGCCGCCUAAUUUGAUUUCUUCACCAAUGCUUUCAGAACCAGCCGCAACGAGUCAGCCCUACCGAGCACCGUUAUAUGUAGACCCUCUUGGAGAGAGUACUACGCCACAACAUACCCCAUACACGCAGCAGUCCAGUUCGUUUGCGCUACAGGAUGUGGUACACCAGUUUCGAGACAAGCCUGAACUUCUACAAUUGAUCUUACAAAGCAAAGUGGAAGAAGAUAAACGAAGGGCUGAAGAAGCCAAGCUACGCGCAAAAGAAAUCGAUCUUUACAUGCAACAACGCGACAGUCAAGGUCUACAUGGCUUAGCCCUGCGACCCAUACGAUUCAAGUCAUCCGAUACAGUUCACCCGUAUCAUGUUGACACCAACGACACCACGCCCAAGUCGUCUGGCACUACUUCACCUGCCCAUCUACAAAACCAGGAAGCGCUCGCUCACACGCCUACCCACACACCAACACUAUCUCCUUAUGGCCGUUUGCAGCCUUCACCUCCUCCGCGAACGUAUUCAACCAGCCGUGAACAUACCCCAGGACCAAGGCACCUGGAGUACAGACGUCAUAGUGCAGUUGAACUACCACCGUUCCGAUAUAACUCCCCUAAUCUUCGACAUGAAAGCAGUAGUUCUGAGAAUGAUUUGAAACGUCGAAGAUUAUCUAUGGACCAAGCAAUUGGAACAUCCUCUCAUCACCCAGUGAGUCCGCCGGCGGACCAUUCGUCGGACGCAAAUGCGUCAUCAUCAGCGCAGGAAGCAGGCAAACGACAACGAAAACGAAGAGAAAUGCAAUCGAUUACCAAGGUCGUAGAAACUCGUGACUUUCCGUACAACGAUGAGUAUCUUUGGAAAAACAAUGGUAACACCGUUCAUAAAGGUAGCGGCGAAAAAAGUAUAUACUACAAAUGUUCCAACAGCUCCAAGGGUUGCCCGGUGAAUAAGACUGUCACCUUCAAGAAGAACGGAGAAUACGUGAUCAAGUAUCGCGGCGAGCACCUGGACGACUGCAAUCGUGUCAAGCGCAUAGUAGACGUUUGAGCCCCUCCGCGCUACCACCCAACAAAAGAAAAAAGAAAAAAAAAAAAGGUCUCAACUGCCCGACCGCCCGCCUAACAUGGACUGUCAUAAGUUUUUAAUCCAUUUGCCUAUGUCGCUUUU